AACUAUAAUCAAUUUAUUUUUAUCAAGUAAAUGAUAUUAAUCCAAUCCAAUUCAAAUGUACGAGGGUUAAAUAUUAGUAGUAACGGACAGAAGUGUGCAGCAACACUUCCCGGCUUCAGGAGACCGUUGCAUCUUUUUCUCCGGUGACACGUAGUCCGGUCUUCUUCCGCGUGUGUAUGUACAAAAGCAUACAUUCAUCGAACGUGAACCCUAGGUGAACUUGUUGGCGGCUUCCAACAGAGUUCUCCAGCUAUGGAGGUACAGAAUCACAAUGCUGCUGAGGGACCUCUUCCCAUUGAAGUUCAUCAUGAAAGACUUAACGAGAUGAUUUCUGGAGGGUCAGAAGACCUUGAUUCUUGGACCUCACUGAUAUCAGAGAUUGAGAAAACCUACCAUGAUGAUAGAAAUACGAUUUGCUUGGCUUUUGACUCCUUUUUGUCUAAGUUUCCACUGUGCCACUGGAAUUGGAAAAAAUAUGCUUAUCACGAGGCACGACUAUGCGAUGCUGAAAAAGCUGUUGAAAUCUUUGAGCGUGCUGUGGAAUCAACACCAUUUUCUGUUGGUCUGUGGGUUGACUAUUGUACCUUUGCCGUGAGUUCUUUCGAGGAUCCAUCUGAUAUUCGUAGGUUGUUUACCAAAGGAAUCUCCCUUGUUGGGAAGGACUACUUCUGUCAUUUCUUAUGGGACAAGUACAUGUCCUUUGAGUUCUCGCAGGAGCAGUGGGGUUUCCUUGCUCUAGUUUAUGUACAGGCUCUACGCUUCCCCACAAAGAAGUUGCAUAAGUACUAUGAGAACUUUAAGAAGUUUGUAACCAAUUUAGAAGAGGGGAUUCUACAUCUCAGUGAUGACAGCCGUGAAGUACAACUAAAAGAGCUAUCAGAUGCAACAGUUGUGUUAUCGAGUGGAGAAAUUGCUCAAGUUGUUAGGGAUAUCCAGGAUCCUAGUGAUGAUUCAGUCAGGUUGAAAGCACUGUAUAAGUACAAAUAUGGUGGAAAUCAGCUAUACCAAAAAGCAUGUCAACUAGAGAACAAAAUUAGAAGUUUUGAAUCAAACAUCCAGAGGCGAUAUUUCCAGGCAACUCCUCUUGACAACAAUGAGCUGAAGAACUGGCAUGAUUAUCUCGACUUCAUUGAAAAGCAAGAUGAUUUUGAUUGGGCCCUAAAACUUUAUGAGAGGUGCUUGAUAUCCUGUGCCAACUACCCUGAGUUCUGGAUGCGUUAUGUGGAUUUCAUGGAGACUAAGGGCGGACGAGAGCUAGCAAUGUUUGCUUUAGAACGAGCAACGAAAGUUUUCUCGAAGAAUGUUCCAGAAAUCCAUCUUUUUACUGCUAGAUAUAUGGAGCAAAUUGGAGAUCCAGAUGGUGCUCGUGCUUCCUUUCCUCCUAUUAUUAUAGAUUGGGACUCCUAUUUCAUUCAAAAUGUUACUAAUCGAGCAAAUAUGGAAAAACGUCUGGGAAAUUGCUCAGCUGCUUGUGAUAUUUACGAAAGAGCAAUUAAAAUGGCAGUGGAGGAGGAGAAAUUUCAAUGCCUUCCUACGCUAUACAUUUUUUAUUAUCGUCUCAAACACAUGAUCACUGCUAGUGUGGAGGCUGCAAGAGAUGUAAUAAUUGAUGGAAUAAAGCGUAUCCCUGAUUGCAAACUUCUUUAUGAGGAACUGAUAAGAUUUGCAAUGGCGCAUGAAGGAACUAAGCAAUUGAGCAUAGUAGACUCGGUCAUAGCUAAUGCAAUCUCUCCGGUAGACGUAUCCCAAGGUUUGGAUAUAAAAGAUCGAGAGAGUAUAUCUAUAUUAUUUUUGGAGUUAGUUGAUCUUUGUGGUUCUAUCUCUGAGAUAAGAAUGGCAUGGAGUCGACACAUCAAAUUGUUUCCUCACUUCAUAAGGACCAAUGGCUCAUCGAAACACUCAGGUACUGGGAAGAGUUCAGUGAACAGCUUUACUGCACAAAGGAGAAACAUUUCCAAUGUCUUAGUUAAUCAGCCGUCAAAAGGACCAAGCUCUGGCCAUUUGAUCCAGCACUCCAAAGGAGAGGAGGCGCAUCUACUGCCGUUUAAAGAUGGUGAGCAACCAGACCAGCUUUCUGCAGAGCCGUCUUUAGCUGUAGAUAAUGACAAAGGUACGACUGAUAAACAGGGACAGCUAUCUUCCAAACUGGAAGAUCUAUCCGGUGGAGAUGGCUCUGGGAAAAAUGAGUUAUCUUUUAACCCUGUUGAUCAAUCAAAGGAUGAUACAUCGAUGUCGAUGGAACUAAGUCAUGAUCCGCGGCAGCAGAGGAGAGAAGAUUUGCCUGGACCAAUGGACUUCUCUUAUGAUUCCGUUCCUCAGUCUGGAGAUGAUGCAUCCAAGUCUCCAGGGCCAGUUCUGGACUUUAAAGAGCCCUCAAGGCCCCUUUCUGUUUCAGAAGCCUCACAAGAACAUCUAAGUUCAGAAAAUGUCCGUCAAGAUCAGGAUGUUGAACUUGAACAACUACCGACACCGGUUUCUUUGGAGAAUCUUUCCUUGGUGUCUGAGGAAAAGGAAACCCAGGGCUUUGCCUCCAUGCACUCUGAUGGUCUCGAAAGUGGUGAACAAAUUCCCUCAUCAAGCACGGGCAGACCGCAAGAUCCUCUAAAUGAUGGAGAUGGACCAGCUGGUUGUUCAUCUCCAGCAACAUGUCUGUUUUCCGCAUCAGCAGAAAUGCAUCCAGGUCCUGUUACUGCUGAAAGUUCACAGCAGGUAAAUGAUACAGUCGCAGUUCCUGAAAGUGGUAGUUCAAAGGUGCCUGCAGGAUUUGAUCAGCAACAGGAGCUACAACGAGCUGCUUCACAAGAACCGCACUUGCUUGAUUCUCAGAGUGAUCCGCAGAUCCAACAGGUCCUGGAAAAGGCUACUAUGCAGUGUCAAUCAGGUACCUCUCAGGGGAAUAUCCCAAGUACACAAUGCUGGCCAUUGAAUAAUAUGCCACAGCAGAUCUCCAUGUCUGGACACCAUCCCCAAGUGUCUUCUUCACCUGUUUCUUAUUCACAACCAAGUACACCUCAACAUAAUGUGCACAAUAGCCAGCAAAUUGGGCCCAAUCCCCAUUACGAAGCAUUGGAUCAAACAUCACAGGACAUCUCCCUAUCUGAAAACCACCCUCAAGUCUCUUCCUCACAUGUUUCUUAUUCUCAACCAAGUACACCGCAACAUUCUGGGCAGAGUAGCCAGCAAAUUGGGCCCUCACACCACCAGGAAGCAUUGAGUCAAACGUCACAACACCAUUACCAGCAGCAGCAUCUUUUGCACGGACAGUAUCAGCAGCAUCAGCUGCAACUGCAACAGCCCCACACUAGUAUGCAACAGCAACAGCCCCACACUAGUAUGCAACAGCAACAGAUGCAUCAACAUCCAAGUCAGCAGCUGUAUCAGCAGCAGCAAACACUUAUAUCGCAACAGCAACAGUAUUUCCAGCAAAUUCAUUCUUUCCCUUAUUCACAACAGCAAUUUCUCCUGAACCAGCUACAGUAUUUACCGCAGUCACAGCAGCUAUGGCAACAGCAAGCACAACAGAUGCAACCACAGGAACCCCAGCAAACACAGCAGCACUAUCUGCAGGCACAGGAGCAGCAGCUACAGCAAUACCGCCAGUCACAAGAACUUGCAUACCAGAUGCAACAACAUGGUUAUCAACUACUCUUGCACCAGUACCAAGUACGUCAACAAGGAUAUCAGAGUAUGCAGCAACAGCAACAAUGGCAACAACAGGGACAUUUCCAAUUACAGGAAGACAGUCACCUGCAGCAGCAGCAGUAUCAUCAUCUGGAGCAGCAAACAGAUGAGGAAUACAAUCAAACCCAUCAGGGCCAACGGGUUGCGGUUCAACAUUCUUCGGGAACUCCUGCUCCUGAAUCAGAAUCACCAGAAAUUUCAAGGCAACCACAUUCGACAGAAAGAUCUAAAUAUUCUGUAUCCCCUUAUAGGCGGGCCCCUGCUCAUGGAAUAUCACCUUCACAUAGUACCGGCACAUUGGCAUCAGAGGCUUCUUCAUUUUCGAGGACAAAUUCUUCCCGAGAGAAGUGAAAUUGGGGAGUUAACAGGGCCAUGGAUUGGUCAGAGGAAUUAAAGUGGGCAGAAGAUCAUGCAAAGGGGAGAAGCUCUGAAGCAGAAGUUUAUAGGACGGCACUUGCAGCAAGUAUAUACUAUGGAGGGAAAGAAAUCAAAGGGUGUUUCAACAUAAAUAUUCAGCACCAGGUCUUAUUAUAAAGCAAAUCAUUCAAGAAGUAUGUUGCAGGGGAUCAAUGAAGCCAGGCUAGCUCGGAAAUUGGAAAUGCUGAACGUUUAUCCUUAGCACUAGGGUAGUAGUAGAAGUUUGUAGUAGCAGGUAAAUAGAUGUUUGCUCAGCUCCAGCUGUCGGAACAAUAUGUUCAACAGUCUGCUUUUUUUUUUUUUUUUUCCGUAUGUACAUAACGACCAAUUGGUGAUAAAAUUCUUUAUUUACCAAAAAAAAAGAAGCACAAUUUAUUACGGGUGCUGUUUUA